UCAAGGAUUUUGCAUGUGGUGGAGCUGUCCCCAAAACUCAAUAAAUAAUUUAUUCUCCAUUCCUGUGUGUGUGCAUCGUGUGUGUGAUUGCUAUGUGUGUUCUGAAUGUGUGCAUAUCAAGGCUAUGGGUACUCUGAGGGACCUGCAGUUUGCGCUGCAGCUGAAGAUCGAGGAGCUCCGUCAGAGAGACACUCCAGAUGAGCUGGAGUUGGAGCUGGACACUAAAGAUGACCUCAUCAGACAGCUGCAGACUGAAUUGGACCGACACCACAAAGCUCCACAAUACCCAGGGACCACUGGGAGCACUGAGAACACAGCAUCUGGGCUAUCCCCACCAGUGCCUGAUGAACCGCAACGGACUAAGAGACAGGCAAUAUCAGCAGAGCCCACUGCCCUGGACCCCGCCGAACUCACACACGUCACACUCACCAACUACAGCAAGGGCAUGAAGCCUAGAGAGCUGAUCCAGAGGGCUCUGCUGGAGAAUGACUUAAUGAAACACCUGGAGCAGGGACAGGUUCAGACCAUAGUGGACUGUAUGCAUCCCACCCGUCUGGCACAGGGCUGCUGUGUCAUACAGGAGGGAAACAAUGGAUCUCUGGUCUAUGUACUGGAGGGCUGUAUUGUAGAGGCCUUGUCCUUCCUCCAUGUUAGAGGGAUCAUCUACAGAGACCUCAAACCUGAAAACAUCCUACUGGACCACAGAGGAUAUGCUAAACUGGUCGACUUUGGCUUUGCUAAGAAGGUGGGUCUUGGUCAAAAGACGUGGACAUUCUGUGGCACUCCAGAGUACGUGGCCCCAGAAAUCAUUCUGAACAAGGGACAUGAUGUUUCGGUUGACUGCUGGUCCCUGGGGAUACUCAUCUACGAACUGCUCAGCGGCAGUCCUCCGUUCUCCGGUUGUGAUCCUAUGAAGACCUAUAACAUCAUCCUGAGAGGACUCGACAUGGUGGAGUUCCCCAAGAAGAUCUCCAAGAUAGCUGCCAACCUCAUCAAACGCCUCUGCAGGGACAACCCAUCUGAGAGGGUGGGGAACCAGAAGAACGGGGUGAAGAACAUCCAAAAACACAAGUGGUUUGAAUGUUUUAACUGGGAGGGACUCCGACAGGCAACUCUGGCCCCUCCCUUCACUCUUACUGUGAAGGGUCCACUGGACACUGGCAACUUUGACUGUUUCUCUGAUGACAACGAGGACCCGCCCCCAGAUGAGGAGUCUGGCUGGGAUCUAGAGUUCUGACUUAAAAACACACACUGAGUAUACCAAACAUUAGGAACAUUAGAAUGGUGGUGAACCAUUCUUGAUAGACACAGGAAACUGUUGAACAUGAAAAACCCAGCAGCAUUGCAGAUCGUGACACAAACCGGUGUGCCUGGAACCUACUACCAUACCCCGUUCAAAGGCACUUAAAUCUUUUGUCUUGCCCAUUCACCCUCUGAAUGGCACACAUACGCAAUCCACAGUGGUGUAAAGUACUUAAGUCAACAUAAUUGAAUGUACUACUUUAGUAGUUUUAUGGGGUAUUUGUACUUUACUAUUUAUAUUUUUACUUCACUACAUUACUAAAGCAAAUAAUGUACUUUUUACUUCAUACAU